CUGAGUGACAGGACGAUCCUCCAUUCAUUCCCCUUUCUACGUGAAUGGGCUCUAUUGUCCCUAACCGUGGGCUGGUUUCCCAGAGAAAACCCGUGUCUUAAAUCUCUGGACCCCGGGGAAACUCUCCCCAGACCCGGUUUCCCGGCUGUUGGCCUGGGAGAGGCAGCGGUCAGCAGCGCAGCGGCGGGAACCGCAGCCCGGAGGCCCUGGCACCUCCCAGGUCGGAGCAGCCGCGGGGCUGGGAAACAGGCGGGAGCGCAGCACUGGUUUCACAUUCCUCAGGCAGUCCUGCUCACCUAUGAGUCUGAACUCAGAGCCCUGGAUGAGGAAGAGAGGAAACUGUACCGAAGGGUCCAGGUGUCCCAUUGCUCAGUCAAUUCUGCAACCCUGUGAAUCAGAACUAAAAGCCCUCGAUGGUGAAGACAGAGGGGACUGUAGCUAAGGAUCCAGUUCCCUGAAUGUAUGCAUGUGUGCUGUGCAUUCCUCCGCACUGUAGAGUUCAGAAGAGAACACUGGAUUUCAAAAGUGGAAUAAAAAUCUGUUGUGAAGUUUUAGGCGUGUGCUGGGAAACAAUCUUUUGGAUUAUAGAAUCUAAACUGCAGACAAAUUUUCAAAUAAUGUUAUGAUGGCAAGUUCUUCAUCUGCUGAUAAGGUCUUAGAAAACAUCAGAAAAUUCAUGAAGAGGAGAGACCUUAUAAAUGGUCUGUUAACGUUCAAGGAUGUGGCUGUGGACUUCUCAGAGGAGGAAUGGGAAUGUCUUGAUCCUGCUCAGAGGGGAUUGUACUUGAAUGUGAUGUUGGAGAAUUACAACAAUCUAUUUUUUGUGGAGAAUCAUCACAUAUGUCAUAAAUAUGAAAACAUCCAAGACACACAGCAUGUUGUUGAUGAGCAUACGAAUGUCCAUGAGAAGUCUUAUAAAUGUUAUGAGCUUGGAAAAAUCAUUCAUAAAUCCACUGAAUGUACACCUUAUAAAACUAACCUUGGGGAUACAUCUAUUAAAUUAUCAAAACGAAACAGACAUGAAACCAAAAACACCAGAGAGCCUUGCCAAUCUAAAAACUACAUAAACUGUUUAAAUUUGUGUUCUAGCAUUAGUCUAAAUCAAGGAAUCCACAUAGGAAGGAAAAAACUCAAUGGUACACCAAUUGCUGAGGUUUUCCACUCUAAACAAAAACUCAUGCUGAAACAAACCAAUAGUGGAAAGAAACCUUACAAAUGUAGUGAAUGUGCCAAAUGCUUCACCAAGAAAUGUGAUCUUGGUAUUCAUCAGAGAAUUCAUACAGGGGAGAAACCUUACAAAUGUAGUGAAUGUAUUAAAUCUUUUACCCAGAAGUGCAAUCUUAGAAGACAUCAGAGAAUUCAUACAGGCGAGAAACCUUACAAGUGUAGUGAAUGUGACCAAUGCUUUACCCACCAAUGCAGUCUUAGUAUUCAUCAGAGAAUUCAUACAGGAGAAAGACCUUACAAGUGUAGUGGAUGUGACAAAGGCUUUACCUGUAAAAGUGAGCUUAGAAGUCAUCAGAGAAUACAUUCAGGAGAGAAACCUUACAAAUGCAGUAAAUGUGACAAACAUUUUACCACCAAAGGUGAGCUUAGAAGUCAUCAGAAAAUUCAUACAGGAGAGAAACCUUACAAAUGUAGUGAAUGUGGGAAAUACUUUACACAAAAAGGCAGUCUUAUUAUUCAUCAGAGAAUUCAUACAGGAGAGAAACCUUACAAAUGUAGUGAAUGUGACAAAUGCUUUACCCAAAAAUGCAGUCUUAUUUUUCAUCAGAGAAUUCAUACAGGAGAGAAUCCUCACAAAUGUAGUGAAUGUGACAAAUGCUUCACCCUCAAAAGUGAUCUUAGAGUUCAUCAGAGAAUACACACAGGAGAGAAACCUUACAAAUGUAGUGAAUGUGACAUGUCUUUUAUCAAGAAAUCCAAUCUUAGAAGACAUCAGAGAAUUCAUACAGGAGAGAAACCUUACAAAUGUAGUGAAUGUGAAAAAUCCUUUACCCACAAAUGCAGUCUUAGUAUUCAUCAGAGAAGUCAUACAGGAGAAAGACCUUACAAGUGUAGUGAAUGUGACAAAUGCUUUACCAACAAAGGCUACCUUGUAAGUCAUCAGCGGAAUCAUACAGGAGAGAAACCUUACAAAUGUGAUGAAUGUGACAAAUGUUUUACUCACAAAUGCAGUCUUAGUAUUCAUCAGAGAUCUCACACAGAAGAGAAACCUUACAUAUGUAGUGAAUGUGGUAAAUUCUUUAGCCACAAGUGUAGUCUCCGCACACAUCAGAGAAUGCAUACAGUAAAGAAAGUUUACAAAUGAGGUGAAUGAGACAAAUUCUCUACCAAGAAUAUAUCAGAGAAUACAUAUAGAGAGAAACUUCACAAAUGUAUGACAAAACUUUGUUACCUAUAUUACAGAUCUAAGAAUAUAUCUGGACAUUUUUAAUGGGAUAAAUUUCCAACAGAAAAAAAUGGCAUGUGAGUUAUCCAAGCAGUAUUUUUUUGGUAACACUUGAGGCUCUACAUGGAGAAUUAUCAUGAAUACAAGAAACUUAUGAACAUCUUUAUGUUCAAAUCUUAAUAACCUAUGCUGAGAGAAACACUGAAAAUGUGACAUUGAAUGAAAUUUGCAUUGCAAAUUUUUAAUUAUUUAUCCUCAAAUAUUUCAAAUGAAGACAAAACGCAAGAAGAAUGUGGAAUUGUGUAACAAUUUCCUGGAGACUGAUUGCAAAGGGAAACUGAUUAAAUCGGUCAUACACCUCUCAAAAUAGAUAAUGAAACCAAUACCAUUCUGUACGUUUAUCUCAAAUGAAAAACUCAGAUACAGUAUUGUAGAUUGUUGUCUGUAUACAGGUGAGGGUAGGCGAUAGAUAAGGAUAGAGCCUGUGAUUUGGCAGUAGAAAAUGAAGGUGGGCUGAGAGUUUUAGAGUGUGGACAGAGACAGACAUGGAGGAAAAGAGGACAGAGAUGAAGAGAUAAGAUGGAACAUAUAGAAGAGGAAAAUGACACUGAUCCACAUGGCUUGAAAGUGUCACACGUAGCUAUGGAUAUUGUAGAAGAGCUAUAGAAUAUAUAGGCAAUUUGCCCCAUCUAGGAGUGUAGCUUGUGUUUAUAUCAAUUGAGUUUUGAGUUCUUUUUGUGUGGGCAUUUUGGGGGUUGAGAAUUUAUUGAUAUAAACCUGACUGAUGGAGUUUUGAAUUAUGGGUUAUGGGGAUUUGUAAUAGCUAGUCACAGGGGGCAGCUGACUGGGACAAUACAAGUGUUUCAGCAGCAGGUGAACCAAAACAGGGAAGACUGUGACUUACAAUUCCCAAUGGGGGACGGGAGCCCCUAUUACUGGAGCAUAGCCCACAUUCGUGUGGAUUGUUUUUUUAAUAAUUACACACAAUAUAUUAUCCUUCUUGAAAAUGGAUUUGACAAGUUGAGCCACGAAGAUAGGAUGUUAUAUGACUACAGAUAUGCAAUUUCCUAAUAAUGUCCAGGAUUCACAGCCUGUACCAUAUGAUGUUUUCACAUUUCAGAAUUUCUACUUUCUUUGAGUCUCUUUGGCUCUGGUCAGCAACUCCUUGUCCAUAGUCCUGUAUGUACCUCCAAUAAAGGUCUUUGUUUCAGCAA